UUGAAUAAUUGAUAUCUCGGUUAUCCUUAAUUUUCGGUGGAAAUAUCAUAGAAGAAAAAUGUCUUGGAAUUGUGUAAACAUUACGAGAUACAUAUUUUUAAUGCAGAAAUGAAGACCGGUGUGAUACUAUAAAUUCACCGUGUUUGUGGACAUCAGACACUGCAAGUUCUAAAAGGUGAUUUGCACAGUGCCACACAAUCAGAUGCAGAAACAUUGCUAUCAGUUUGGUUCCAACACCAGCAUUCCUGCCCAAUAUAUUAGAUGCACCUUCACAGUCAAAAGACACCCAACAUAAGACUAAAACUCUGUGGUAAUGCAAAGAUCUUCUAGUCUUGCAAGUAGAACAUCCAAUUUUUGCAGCAGUGGUUAUAAUAAGCUCAACAAGUUCUAAAAUGCACUCGUGGCUGCAUUUGCUCCUGGAAAAUAAACAUACAAAUAAUCAAUGCUGUCUUUUUACUUAUUGAUAAUAAUUCAUCAAUAAUAACACCAAUCUUGAGUUUUUUGCAAACAAUUUCAGUCACUAAUUUCUCUCUCAUAGCAAUAGCAAUGUGAACACUAAUGUCUGCACAAGACUAAUCACUGUGUAAAACGCAUCCCAUAUCACCUCCAUUAAGCACCUGAAGAUCUGUGAGGUAGGGCAAGUCACCGAUGGAUAUCCAGUCUUGCAUAUACUAUAAAGUUAGAACACCCAUAAUUAUGGCCAAACAGAAUAAGGAGGUGAAGGUGAAGAUUGUGGAUGGGAACUUUGGUACAAUGUGUAUAUAUGAUGACGAAAUAUUUUUCAAUCCACCACUGUAUCAGCAGCGCUACCAGAAAGUUAAGGACAAGAUUACCUCUGUUAGUAAAGGAACAUUUACUAAGGUAGUGGAUGUGGGAGAUCCAAAACUUCAAUUUUUUCAGUAUUUGCAAGCUAUACCUGGAGUACGGGAAAUUGUGUUCCUUGACAAAGAUGACAAAACUCUGAAGGAUUGUGAUUACCGCAUCAACCCUCUGAACACUGACCUAUAUAUUUUACGCGAGCUCCCCCUUAAUGUGAAGGCCGUGUGUGGGGAUGUGACAAAGUAUGAUCCUACUUUAUUUGGAAGUCAGGUUGUCACCAUGAUUGAACUAAUUGAGCACCUUGAAAUAUCAGAGCUGCAUGCACUAGUCAAGUGUGUGUUCCAAGCUGUAAGACCGAAUUUGAUAAUCAUAACUACUCCCAAUGCUGACUUUAAUAAAUAUUUUCCUGGCCAUACUCCAGGUUCAUUCAGACAUUGGGAUCACAAAUUUGAAUGGACAGCAGAGGAAUUUCGUCAUUGGUGCCAAGAACUUAUAGAAGAUAAUAGCAGUUACUCGGUGGAAUAUUCUGGGUGUGGAUUGGGACCUGAUAACACCUAUUGUACACAGAUGGCUUUCUUUCUGCUGUCAACUGAAUACCAAGAGGAAUUAUUAUCAUGCAUUGUAAAAGAGCUUUUGAAUAUUGAUGUAAAGGAUCCCACUUGUUGUGAAGAACCUGUGAAAAUGGGAGAAGUUACAGAGGGUGUAGCGCCCUCUGUUAUAAGAGAGGAUUCGUAUAAAAUAAUUGCUGAAUUUGAUUUCCCUCUUGAUAUGCGCACUCAAGAGGAAAAGGACCGUGACUUCACUUUAGGUCGAUUUUAUUCACUAAUAAACUACCUGUUAACAGGUGAACGAGAUGAUAAGCCACAGUUGAACUGGGGAUUGAUACCAGAAGACACAGAGUGUUCCCUUGAUGACACAGAGUGUUCCCUUGAUGAUACAGACGAUGAGCUCGUUUUUUUUAUUGUACAAUAUAUUAAAAAUGAUGAAGAAAUCGUUGAAAAACAAAGGGAUAACAAUGGUAAUGUUUUCUACAUAGUGGAUCAUAUGUAUGCAGUGCUUCCUCUCAAACCUCUGACACAGUGGGUGAACAUUGCAGCUGACCAUGAUAUAUCACACAGUCUUAUAAGUAUGACUGUGGCAGGUGACUGCUUUGAAAUUACUGGUAGUGGUGCAGACUGGCAAGGAAGGGUACACCUUGUUACCCUUUCUGCUACAUCUUCAGAUGAAUCUUUUGAAAAAUCUUUAGAAGAUAAUGACGAGGACCAAGAUGAGUGGUUUCCUAAUGACGAACAUUGUGAACAUAUGAAUAAGCAAGUUGUUGGUUUUAGUAACAAUGAAAACACUACAGUUAACCCUGAAGCUGAUGACUACUGGGAUGUACCAGUUGAUCCCAAUGACCCAAUUUGGAAUUAAAUGUCAAAGAGCUGGAAAAUUAUUUGUCUAGUUCUGGCUAAGACUUUAUAUAUAUAUAUAUAUA